AUGAAGCCCUCUCCUUAUACAAAUGACGAAUAUACCAUCGGAUGGAUAUCUGCUUCGAAUGAAGAACGAUACCAACGCCUAUCAUUAGGUAAGGUUGGUGAACAAAAUGUUGCGAUGGCUUGUCUAUCGGGAGGGCAAACGGGCACUGGCCCAGCUGAUAUUGUGGCAGAAAAUAUGCGUCGCACGUUCAAGAACAUCAGGUUCACGCUCCUCGUGGGAACUGGAGGAGGUGUCCCAAGAAAGAAAAAGGACAUUCGUCUGGGUGAUGUCGUGGUUAGCUAUCCUAGUGGGUCCUACAACGGAAUUGUACAAUACGACUAUGGGAAGCUGAAGAAUAACGGUCAUGUUCAGAGGAAAGACUGGUUCAGCGCGCCACCUCGCAAGCUUCUGGCUGCGGUGGACCUCUUAAGGGCUUACCACGCGAGACCUAAGAAACCAAUCAACAAUAAGCUAGGCAUUAUCGAUGAGUUGGGCGAGAAAUACGGAUAUCCAGAAGACCACAUAGCUCCUGAUCUGUUGUAUCAGUCAGAUUAUGAGCAUGACCCGAAAGCUGAAACUUGCGAUUCCUGCGACAGAAAAGCGCUCAUUCAACGAAAGUCCCGUAACUCUCCGUGUAAACCAUAUGUACAUUAUGGUGUCAUUGCAUCUGGGAAUAUGGUCGCUAAGAGCGGCAUCGAAAGGGAUAAGAUUGACCAACGUUACGAGAACUCAAUACUCUGUUUUGAAAUGGAAGCGGCCGGAUUGAUAAAUAAUUUCCCUUGCCUUGUUAUCCAAGGAAUUAGCAACUACUCCGAUUCUCAUAAAAACGAUCAAUGGCAAAAGUGCGCAAUUGCCGCAGCGUCGGCAUAUGCGAAAGAACUCCUCUUACUGAUCGAGCCAUCCGAUAUGAAACUUUUGCCCCCUAUAGUUGCUCGCAUGCUGCAUACUGGUAUGCGCUUACAUCACCAAAUACUAUAUUUCCUGAAAAGCUCCUAA